UGUUAAAAACAAACUCAGACAAGCGUCCUCCCAUUAUUAGCCCUAACUCAGCGUUCAAUAAUUAGCUCCCACAAGCGCACUCUUUAAGUCAGCCCUCACGAUCAGUAGCUCUCAGUAGUUCCAUCAUACCGCCACAAUGGUGGAAAUACACGCUGGCGACGAAUCUCACAUAAAAAGAUGUCGCAACAUAAAAUUCGACAUCUGGAGAUUUCAUGUGAACUUCAAUCCGGUCGUGACAUUUUGCUCAGCAGUCAUUAUCUGGGGGCUUGUUAUUUUCUGUCUCGUUGAAACCGAAAAGGCAGCUGCCCAUUUGCCCACAUGGACAAAGUGGGUGACAGAUAAGUGGACCUGGCUCUACAUCGGGACCCAAGACGCCUGGGCUGUGUUCAUUCUCGUUCUGUUCUUCUCCAAGUAUUCUAACCUAAAACUUGGGAAGACAGACGACGAGGAGCCGGAAUUCAAUGAUGGUUCGUACUUCAGUAUGCUGUUCGCUGCUGGAAUCGGUGUUGGAUUAUUUUACUUUGGCGUAGCAGAACCUGUUCAGCACUAUCAGCCUACAAAACCUGGUGACCCUAUGAUAUGGGGAAAUCGCUAUCAGGGAAGGUACUCCGACAACCAGCGCGCGCAGGACGCCAUCAACGUGACCUUGUUUCACUGGGGAAUCCACGGCUGGAUCGUCUACACCAUGAUUGGUCUGUUGUUGGGCUUCCUGUCUUAUCGCUACAACAUGCCCAUGACCAUGCGCACGUGCUUCUACCCGUUGCUAGGCGACAAGAUCUACGGCACCUUCGGUGACCUGAUCGAUAUCCUGUCGGUGGUGUGCACGAUGUUUGGCGUUUGCACGAGUCUCGGCGCCGGAGCGAUCCAACUUAACGAUGGACUUAACAGACUGAACAGCGACAUCCCGAAGUCAGCUACAAGUCAAGUGGCUAUCAUCUGGGUGAUAACAGCGGUGGCAACCGCCUCCGUGAUAAGCGGCAUUAAGAUCGGUAUCCGACGUCUCAGUGAGAUCUGCUUCUCCCUUGGAAUGUUUAUCUUUUUUAUUAUUUUCUUCUACGACGACACUUGGUUCCUGUUGAACGCUUUCGUCCAGAGCAUCGGCUACUACCUGCAGUGGAUAGUGCAGAUUGGCUUCCACACCGACGCCUUCGCUCAACUUGGGAACGCCCCUGACGGCAAGCAAGCCCCUAGUUGGAUGAAUGACUGGACCAUUUUCUACUGGGGCUGGUGGAUCGCGUGGGCUCCCUUCGUUGGCGUGUUCAUCGCGCGCAUCUCGCGUGGACGGACCAUCAAGCAGUUCAUCACCUACACCCUGACCGUCCCCAUUUUGUAUUGCAUCAUGUGGUUCUCUAUCAUGGGCGCCGUCGGGAUCAAGAUGGAGCGCGAGGCGGCACUCGCGGGAAUCCAGUGCAACUCUACUUACGGGGGAACAAAUUCAACUGCAUCACACAAGGGCCUUUAUCGUCUGUCCUGCCGAGAAUCCACAAGCAUGUGGUUUGACGUCAUGAAUCAAUAUGAAGGAAUUGGAUCAUUCCUCUCUGGCAUUUCAAUCGUCGGCCUCGUCCUCUACUUUGUCACCAGCUCCGACAGCGGCUCUCUUGUGAUUGACAGCCUCUCAGCCAAUGGUCAUCCAGAUCCACCGGUGCUGCAGCGAGUGUUCUGGGCUCUGACGGAAGGCGCUUGUGCCACGGGCUUGCUGUGGACGGGCGGAUCAAAGGCGUUGAGUGCUCUCCAAGCAGUGUCUGUAUCCUCUGGUCUACUCUACACCGUCGUCCUCAACUUCGUAUGCAUUUCAAUCUGGCGCGCCGUCAAGUACGACACGGGGGAUCUCGACUUCACAGGGCCUUACUUCAAUUUCGGCCUAUUCGAUUUGUUCUACUCCAUUCCCUCAUUCGAACGUCUUUACAGGCUUGCCAUUGCUAUUUUCUUCCCUUGUUGGCCAAUGGCUAACGCCAAGCACAAGAUUGAUGGGUCCAACAGAUGGGUCACCAUGGUGUUUUUGGCAGUUCCCUUCUAUGGCUGGGUCCUCUUAGAGAUCGCGGAGAUUGCGCAACAGGGCCUUGCGUACGUUGGCUGGUCCCUUGUGAUUGGCUUUGUCGUGCUUGGAGGCGGUAUUCGUGGUGCCAUCCGUGAGAAGUACAAGAUCGUGGGCAACAUGGCGGAAGACUUCUUUGCGGUGAUGCUCAUGUACCCACUCGCAGCCAUGCAGAUGGAAUACCAGGUUACAGGUAACCCGGAAGCCAAGCCAAGAAACGACGCCGAGUUUGGGGUAAAUAACUACGCUAUGGACAAAGUGGAGGACAAGAAAGAGGUGGAGGCAACGAGAAACCCCAACAAAGAACUGGAUCAUUACUUCUAAACGCAAAUGAACUGACCUUUAGUGGAGGCAGCGAGGAACCCCAAUAAAUAACUGGACCGUUGCUUCUAAACGCAAACGGAAUGACUGUAAUGAAGUCGAUUAGGCGAGAAACUUAAAUAAAUAAUAAGAGGAUUACUUCUUUUAAACGCAAACGUACUGACCCAGGGGGCUAAGAGGUCGAACUAGUGAGAACAACAAUAAAGCAAAAAAUAAGUGAUUUUUUUUAACCGACAUAGUAUAUCUGUUAUAUAUAUAUACGUACUUAAUGACUUAAAUAGAAUACUGUACUUUAUCACGUAAAUACUUUCAGCAGCUUGUAAUUCCAAUAUAUUGUUCAUUUGUGCAAGCCUCUAGCUCAGUUUCACACGUCACACUCAACCAUAUAUCUAAAGGUUACAUUGUAGUUAUUUACAACAGUCGAUAAAUGUUUAGUUAGACUUGCAAAUCGAGUGUAAUACGGUAUUUACCCAAUGUAGUAGUCUAACAGCAGAAAAACUAUACUCAUUUUUACUGUAUAAGGUGCGUACAAUAUAUAUUUUUUCAUUAAAGAUAAUGAUUUUA